AUGCAUAGAAAACGCGCUCAGCUCUCUUCAGCCGAUGAGGAGGAAAGCGAGACCGCGCAGAACACCACAGAACACAUCCAAACCCCAUCGCCUGAGAAGACCCAGCCCGUGCAGACAAAACCUGCUGAGAUUUGUCAAGGAGCGAGAGCGGCGGGUCUUCGUCGGCCAAACGGAAGUGAAAAGCAUGAUGGGGCCAAAGCUGAAACCGAACCUUUAGGAAAAGGGAGAGAAGCGGCAGAAGGGGAGAUGAAACUUGGGACCGAAAAGACGAUCCCUCUGACCGAGCAGCUUGAUGAGCCGGACGAAGAUGCGACCGGUCCACGAACUCAGACGAUCCAGGCGCAAGACUGGGAGAGCCAGGGCCUUCCCGCUCACCUAGCUUCUGCUGCCUCCGUCCAGGACGCGGGGGGUCUCCAGCAGCAACUGCAAGCAUAUGCUUUGGAAAGGGAACGAGUGUUGGCCGUUUUCGACGAGAAGGUGAGGGAAAACAGCCACCUGAAAAGGGCGUAUCACACAAUGAUGGACCUGCUGGUGGCCAAAGAAGCAGAGCUCGGGAAGCUGCGAGGCGAAAAUCAGUUACGGCGCCCUCGAUCUGACAGCGGCGGUGAGGACAUGUUUCAAGAAGCGAUCCGGCACUUAUCACACCUCGUCCGAGCCAAAGACAUUGAAAUCAGUGCCUUGAGCCAGAAAUGUCAGACUUUACUGACCAUCUGGCAAACGUCCAACGCUGGCCAUGAGGUUCGGGGCAUGGACGCGAAUCAGUUGGAGGAGCUUCUCCAGGAACGGGACACGUUGAAGCAGCGGGUCAACGUGCUGGAGGAGUGGCAGCGGCUGGUGCUGACCGAGGUGCACAAUCUGCAGCGGGAGUCAUCCCAACUUCAGAAAGAACUCCCACCACCCGAGGCACGGGCCUUAGUGGACAGCGAGGCGAAGUGUCGGCGACAGAUGCACUCUGCCGCCCCGUUCCCCCGUCCUCAAGGGGAUGCGACCCAACUCCGGCUCUUGGGGAAGAGACUGGCACAGAUGCAGCUCAGCCUAGAGCAGCUCUGCAAUGCCAAGGAGGUUCUUUUGGGUCCACCCGACCUCACGUCACCACAGCCGCCCGCCACAUCGUCGCGGACUUGUGAGGCAGCCGGCUCUCAGGAGGCAAUUAAGUCCGAGGCGCUGGGCGAGUCUUCGAAAGGGCCGCCAGCAGAGGUGGAAGCCUUAAGGAGAGCCACGGAGGAAAAAGACGCAGCCAUCAGAAGCCUCCAAGAGGAGAUUCAGAGACUGUCCGAGGCGAUGGCCGCCACCUCGGAACUGGAGAGAGAAAGACAUGCACAGACGGAUUCCGAAAUUCAGCGGCUCAAGGAGAAACAAGAGGCUUUACAGAACACGCUGGAGGACAAAGAGCUCUUAAUCAAGGCGCAGAGGGAGGAAUUCCUCUCUCUGAGGGAAAACCUCACGACCCAAGCGAGCGAAAACGAACUUUUGAGGCAGGCGGUGACAAACCUGAAGGAGAGAAUAGUCCAUCUGGAAGUGGAUGCGUGCCAAGUCAAACAGGAAAAUGCAAAGCUGCUGGAAAGGUCCAGGGAGAAGGACACCGAAAACCAAGCCUUACAAGAGACGAACAUGCGCCUCUCUAUGAUGCUGAGGGAGAAGGAAUUCGAAUGCGUCUCCGUGAAGAAGAAGGCUCUGGCUUUUGAGUGCCUCCUGAGAGAAAAAGAACAGGGCCGGUCUGGGGAAUUAAGCCAGCUUCUCAAUGCAGUGACCUCCAUGCAGGAAAAGAGCAUUCUCUUUGAACAGGAGAGAGAUGAGGCGGCGCUGGCGCUGAGACAGGAACGAGUGGAAAACUGCGCCCUGCGGGAAGAGGUUCACCUUUUGCGGGACAAGGAAGCGCGCUUAGGCCAGGAGCUGGGGAGGUCUCGGACGCAGGCUUCAGAAUGCGAAGACUGGCAUCUCCGGGCAGCGCGGCUGGCAGAAGACAGAGCGGCUCAACUCAGGAGGAAGGUCACGGCACUAGAGGAGAGGCUCCUGUCAUCUUCCCACGCCAUGCAGAAGGCGAGCCAGCGGGCCGCUGCCCGGGUCGGGUCCCUGCAGGAACAACUGACUGCUGUCACCGAGCAAAAAGAGGAGACUGCCCUCCAGCUGUCCGCCUCCCGGGAAGCAGAGAAGCAGCACGCCGGAGCCCUGGCCAACCUGAAGGUGGUCCUGGCCGAAUGGAUGCAAAAGGCAGAAGGUCUGGAAGGGAAGCUGAGGUCGCUGCAGGGACAGCUGGAGAGAGCGCAAGCUGCCUCGCGCCUGCAGGAGGAGCAGAUCGGAGAACUGCAGCGACAAGACGAGGCCCGACAGGAAGUGCUGGAGGACGUCCAAAAGAAGUGGACCGACUUAGUGAGCACCCUGGAAGGAAAAGCAGACAAGGCCCUCCUGAGAAAGCUCUUCACGGACGCCUUGCAAAGCGCCAGACACGAACGCCGGGAAGCGUUCCGACAGAUGGGAAGCACCCUGGGUGUGGAAAGGGAGGAAAUGGAGCAGUUGCUGCAGGAAGAGCAGGGCGGCCUUACCAGAUGGGUGACUGGGUGGCUCGGAUCCCGCAGUGCCCCCGACAUGCCUCGGAGACCCAACCAGCAAUCCGAGCUCAAGACUUCCUUCUCAGAGCUUAUUGUGAAUUUUCUAGAAGCUGAGUCUCAGGGAGCUUCUCCACCUCGACAGCUCCCCGCUCAGCCCAGGAAGCGUCCCGAAGCACCCGCAAGGAAGAGACUGGCUAAGAACGUGCCAGCUCUUCUGAGAACCACCCUCGCAGCCACCCCCAGAAGAUCAGACGGGAAUCCCUGCUCCCCAGCCGUGUCUCUCAUCGACCCACCCGGCCCCGGAACCGGAGGGUCUGGGCACCUUCUCUUAGACGCCGUGACCGACAUCGUGCCCACGGGCACACCUUGGCUGCUGCCACCCGCCAAGAGUGCUGCCGGGCUGCUCCAAGGCCUGUCCAAGCCCUAGAG